AGGUUAAAGUUGACGCUUCCGGGUGGUGUCUCACUUUCAGCUCUCCGCUUCCCCGCACACAGCGCUUCAUCACCGCACAGCCAUGUCCAACGUCGCCGAUUCCAAACUUUACGAUAUUCUCGGUGUGUCCCCUUCGGCCUCCGAAAACGAAUUGAAAAAGGCUUAUCGGAAACUAGCAAAAGAAUAUCACCCCGACAAAAACCCAAAUGCUGGAGACAAGUUUAAAGAGAUUAGCUUUGCAUAUGAAGUACUGACCAACCCGGAGAAGAAAGAGUUGUACGACCGCUAUGGAGAACAGGGGCUGCGAGAAGGGGGUUGUGGAGGAGGGGGUAUGGAUGACAUCUUUUCCCAUAUUUUCGGUGGCGGCCUCUUUGGCUUCAUGGGUGGACAGGGUCGCAGCAGAAAUGGAGGACGGCGGAGAGGGGAGGAUAUGGUUCACCCUCUAAAGGUUACUCUUGAAGACCUGUACAAUGGAAAAACAACCAAAUUACAGCUGAGCAAGAAUGUUCUGUGUAGCACUUGUAAUGGUCAAGGGGGUAAGUCUGGCGCAGUCCAGAAGUGCACAGCCUGCAGGGGGCGUGGUAUGCGCAUUAUGAUCAGACAGCUGGCACCUGGCAUGGUUCAACAGAUGCAGUCCGUGUGUACUGAUUGUAAUGGCGAAGGUGAGGUCAUCAGUGAGAAGGACCGCUGUAAGAAGUGUGAGGGGAAGAAGGUGAUUAAGGAGGUGAAGAUUCUGGAAGUGCACGUGGAUAAAGGUAUGAAGCAUGGACAGAAGAUCACCUUUGGAGGUGAAGCUGACCAGGCACCUGGCGUAGAACCUGGAGACAUCGUUCUGGUUUUGCAGGAGAAAGAGCAUGAGACAUUCAGAAGGGAGGGCAACGACUUGAACAUGACCCAUAAGAUUGGCCUAGUUGAAGCACUUUGUGGGUUUCAUUUCACAUUGAAACACUUAGACGCUAGACAGCUCGUUGUGAAAUACCCUGCUGGCAAAGUCAUUGAGCCAGGUUCAGUUAGAGUUGUUAGAGGCGAGGGAAUGCCACAGUAUCGAAACCCCUUUGAGAAAGGAGACUUGUUCAUCAAGUUUGAUGUGCAGUUCCCAGAUAACAACUGGUUAAGCCCAGAGAAACUGACGGAACUGGAAGAUUUGCUGCCUACACGUUCUGAUGCACCUGUCAUCUCUGGAGACGCAGAGGAGGUGGACCUGCAGGAGUUCGACAUGAGCCAGAGCUCAUCAGGUGGUCACCGACGAGAGGCAUACAACGACAGCUCAGAUGAAGAAGGAGGCCAUCAUGGCCCUGGAGUGCAGUGUGCCCAUCAGUAAACCCAUCUAACACAUCUUUCUGACUUCAACAGUGGGGAUUUUAAAAAGUUCUAGUUGCACAAACGGGUGUGUUAAAAUCUGAUCCAGGGCUGCCUUACAUGAAAAAUUACAUAUGGCCAUUCCUGAGCACCUGAUUUCCUUGUAGUAAAUGCACAGAUGAUCCCGUAUCUAGUCAUCUUUUCUUGUCCAGCCGCCUCUCCUCGCCUGCCCUUCAGGUGCCCCCACUUCAGAGAGAAAAGGGUAAUUGCUAUGUGCUCUGUAUGUAACUUGCAUUUUUGUUAUCAUAGUGUUCACAAGUUUAAAACUAACCAUAAAACAGUUUUGGCCCUGGACUUGAGACUUUUGUGGAUAGUGACUUGGAAGAGGAGUUAAGAGAGAUCCUAAAACAAAACAUAUAAGAGCCACCAUGAGACUUUACCACCAAUCCAUUUUUAGGUUUGUAUGUAUCUGUGCUCGAUUUUUACCACUUAAUUUUAUUUGUAGAUUUUUGCUUUCCUUUCUUUGAUAUUUUAAGUAUUGGAACAAGAGAAUAUAACUUGUAUAAAAUGAACAUGAUUGUCAUAAGCUUUGUAUCAGCUGCGGUCACAUUUAAGGGUGUGAUUUAUGUUUUGUAGUUGAAAUAAAAUCUUUGAUUGUCUAUA